AAGGGGAGUAAAUACAGCUGCUGCUGUUUGCUUGCCAAAAUAUUGGUAAUAAUGACAGAGCUUUUAAGUAUUUUUCACCCAGAAAAAGAUGGUGGUGGUGGUGGUGGUGGUGGUUAUUAAGUGCUCUUUUUCUCCUGGCUCCCACUGCAUCGGCCACCUGCUGCUCAGAAUGUUAUAAUUUAAAGUCAAAGACGGUUGGAUUUAUAAGAUGGUGUCCCACGACGAUGAUAAACUGGACUUUGGAAAAUUACAAAAAGAGCUGGAGAAAGCUGUAGAACAAGAUGAAAAAUAUUGGCGAGAAAAUGACGCAAAGAUCCGGGCUGUUACAACACAGAAGGUUGCUACAUAUCAGGAGUUUAAAGAUCUUGUGGCUGCCUGCCACCUCAAGCCUCUAGAAAAGGGUGAUGACAUUGAAAGAAUGAUUAGUGCCAACCAGAUAUGGAAUUCUGCCAUUCAGAACAAGAGUUACCCACAAAUUUCAAGCAAAACAGCCCCUGCAGCUGUGCAGGUGGAAAUGCAAUCCCCCAAAUCUGGCCAGGAUUUUGCACGUGACUGGCAACAUCGAUACAAGACUCAGGAACAGCGUUAUGCCUAUCUUAUGUUCACUGGAGCAGAUCACCUUGCCAAAAUCUUCAAGACUGAAGUCAGCUUUGGACUUUUGGGUGACAUUUUAGCUGCACUGACACCAUUUCCUGAAGAGGAUUGUGAGACAGUGAUAAAUAUACUCAGUAGCAUCAGAGGAUCAAGUCGAUUUAACCUGUCACUGCGUUUUCUAAAUACAAAGGAGAAAGACACAUGUUCACAGUUAUUUCAGAGGCUAGUCAAAGUUGUGGAGCACAAAGGUUUAGUACAUUUAAACAUGAAACUUUUGAGCCUACAGGCCAGUUUUAAUUCUUAACAGCCUUUAUACGCAGCCUAUUUCUUAUGAAGUUUUAUGUUUGUUCUCCAUCUCAUUCUUUUGAAAUUUGGUUCGUUUUACAUGUACAGCACUGGACAUUGGAGUACAAUGCUCUUAAAAUUUGAUAUAUGAGAGCUUGGAAAUCCUCUGAAUUUGAAUUGUAAUUUCUUCUAAAAUGCUUCAAAGUAUUGCAAGCAUACCAAAUAGUUUAAAAGAUAACUAGAAUUUCUAGAAAAAAAAAACCAGGCGUGUGGUUCUGGGUCAUGUACUGCAUAGGCAUAUCCACUAAAUGAAGGUAAAGUUUCAGCUUUAUU